CAAGAGUGCUGUCAGCAAGAAAAAAGUAGAAAAUGUUAUUGUUUUAUUUUCGUUGGCGUUGUUAAGUGUAACCGAGUGCAAAAACUGGGCGAGAACUGUUGUAAAAUUAUGCUUUUGAGCGUCGUUUAGUGCCCCUGUCUCAAAGCCAGCGAGUGAAAAUGAAUUUCUUCAUACCGAACGAGGUGAAACGGGAAGGUAUUUACCUUCAGCAUCAGCUUGGCCCGCCGCUGAUACACCAGCAGCACCACCAACUGCCCCAGCAGUCGCAGCAUCAGCUGCUCGGUUUCGCGCAUCCCGGAAUGAUCGUGAACCUGAAAAAGGAACAGUUCGAUCCGUACGAAAAGCUGCCGGAUGGCCAGGCGCACAACCAGCAGCAUGUGCUGCAGCUGCAACAGCAGGCCCAGAUGGUGGGUCUACAGCAGCACAUCUCUGCCCAGAUGCAGUCUCAGCUGGCCGCUCAACAGCAACAUCAGCAGCAACAGCAGCCUCAGCAGCAGCAACAGCAACAACAACAGCAGCAGCCUCAACAACAGCAACAACAGCCGCAGCAGCAGCAGCAACAACAGCAGCAGCAGCCGCAGCCGCAGCCGCAAACGCAACAGCAACAAACACCUCAGGCGCAAACCUCAACGGCUUCAACGGACACGGCCACACCGACGACAACGACCACCAGCACUACCAGCACCACGAACACCACCACCACCGGUACGGGUAAAAAGAAAAAGAAAGGCAAAGCGAACCGGAACAUCGUUAUCCCGCAGCUGCCGGAAGGGUUCAUCGUGAAGGUGAAGGAAGAGUACACGGAAAACUACGUCCGCACCGUGACGAAAAUCCCGGAAGUAUGGUGGAACCAGGAGCAGUUUAUCCGCACGGUCAAGUCGCCCGGCAAGAAGGAGCGAAAGUACCACGAUUACAACGCGGUCAGCGAGCACCAGUGCGAUGUGUGCGGGAAGUAUUUCAAGGAUAAGUACAAGCUGAACUACCACGUGCGCAUCCACGUGCCGGAACUGUCGCACCGGUGCGACGUUUGCGGCAAGGUGUUUGCGCACCAGUCGACGCUGCAUAAUCACAAGCGCAUCCAUACAGGUGAGCGUGCGUUCAAAUGUUUAACCUGCGGCAAAGCGUUCGUACAAUCGUCGGCCCUGUCGAACCACACGAAGAUACACACCGGCGAGCGGCCGCACGAGUGCCUGAUCUGUGGUAUCAGCUUCAUCCAGAAGAUCAACCUUAUCUACCACAUCCGCAUACACAACGGCGAGCGUCCGUACCGGUGCAACAUCUGCCAGAAGUCGUUCAUCCAGCAGAGCCAUAUAAAGAACCAUAUGAAGGUGCACAAGAAGGACAAUCCGCUCGACUGCAGCAUGUGCGGCAAAAACUACAGCGAUCUCAACGAGCUGACCGAGCACUACGCGUCGCACCAUACGGCCGAGCUGACGUACCGGUGCCAGGCCUGCGGCAAAUCGUUCGCCCAAGCCAACCAUCUCAAGAUCCACAAGAAGAACUUCUGCAACAGCAAGUCGAACUAGAUGCAUCCUUUCCGUUUCCUUUUUUUCGGUCCUUUUCCCCCGCAUUUCUUCGUUUGCUGUUCAGUGAUUUUCUGUGAGAAUUCAAAAACAAAAAAACCCCUUUCUUUAUCCUUUCCCUUUCUUACCUUUCUUUCUUUCAAUCGCAUUUUUGUGUGGUGUUCACACACUAAAGAAGAACCUUCCUAUAUAUUAGAAAAAAAAAACGAUUAUACAGUCAGUAGUGUGUCGUCCGGCGGCUAGGUCCUAUCACUCUCUGGAUUCCCCAUCCUCCCCCCCCCCAUACCUACCCCGGAUCGCCCUAGUUCUUAUAGAGUGCGUGUAAUGCGCGAAGCAGCAGCAGCAGGAGCAGCUUUGCAACAUUGCGGAAUGUUAUUUCGUCUUCUGCUUACAUUACACACGAUACGUCGUUUAUGUUUUUUUAGUUACUAGCACAAAGUUCAAAGUAUCGUUACAAACGCUAAGCCCAGAAGCGACCAAAACCAAUAGGAGAUGCCAGAUGUGUGUUUUCUGGAUCGUGGAAAUCACACACAAACCCCCCCCUUACCCCCCUCUCAACACGAUAAUAGUCCGAUUCCCAAUAGUUAAGUUCCCGCCAACCUUCCACCUGCUCUAAAAUGCUAGAAGUUACGCACUUCUACCGUUAAAUACAGUCACUUUGCCACCCGAAUACAGCUGGUAACACAUUGGAUUGUAACCGUUCGUAUAACGUUUCUCUUACUCAACGGCUUGGCCCUUCAAAUUUCCCCAGUGUUGCACGUAAUCAACUCGUAAUUUCAAAAUUAAUGCUUCUAAAUUGAUAACAAAAAAAAAACGAAUGCGCCCUCCGGUGUUCGUGUGUGUGUGUGUGAAAUCUUAUCACGUGAAUGCUUCAACCAGUGAAGGUUCAUCCCGGUAAAAGUAGAAUGUAAAACAAACAAAAAAAUCACACCCUUUUUAGAGAGUAGUGUUCUCCGUUUGAAAUUGCGACCGUUGGGGCCGAUGUGCCGUUUCAGUACGCUCGGAAAAAGGCAGCGUGCGGCUCGUAUAGCAUAAUUAACUCUAAAGUAUAUUGGCAAACAAAGAAUCCAAACACACACGCACACACGUUUCGGCACGACACACGGUAGCGCAGUAGCAGUGGGAGGUAAGCAAUUAUUACGCGUGCAGAAAAAAAGGAAAGCAAAUAUUGAUUAAUAAAAAUCAAAACAAUUGUAGAGAGCUGUAUGUGAAACUA